AGAGCUCCAUCCUCCAGCAUCCCAAAAAACUUUACGUAACCGCAACGUCCUCUUCGCGUUCGCGCUUGUAUUCGCCCAGGUGUUUUAUAUAAAGAAUCAAAAAUUGUCCGAUUCACCUCAAAAGACAUGGAUGAUCUAGACAAGGAGCAGAUGUCUAUGUUAAAAUCCACUUUCGAUGCUUUCGAUAUCGAACGGAAAGGAUAUAUUGGAACGGACAUGAUCGGAACUAUUUUAGAUAUGCUUGGAACGCAAUUAAUUGGAGAAGAAUUACAGUCUGUAAUUACUGAAAUAGACGAAGACGGAAACGGAGAAGUGAACUUCGUGGAAUUCGCCAAUAUGGCUGCAAGAUUCUUGGUGGAAGAUGACGAAGACACAGAUGCAAUUCAGUUGGAAUUGAAAGGAGCUUUUCGACUUUACGAUAAAGAAGGAAAUGGUUUUAUUACAACAGACGUAUUACGAGAGAUUUUAAGGGAAUUAGAUGAGAAAUUAAGCGACGAUGAUUUGGAUAAUAUGAUUGAUGAAAUCGAUGCUGAUGGAUCUGGCACAGUCGAUUGGGAUGAAUUUAAAUCGGUCAUGAUUGGAUAAAGUACCAAGAACUGAAGAAAAUACAUAAUUUUUAUACAUAUUCUCAUAUU